ACACCGCAGUCUUUUUACUUACGCAUUGCCUCGCCCAUCCUUCAUCCCCGGAGUGUUUCUCCUCCUCCUCCUCCUCCUCCCCCUCCUCCUUCUCAACUCCAACUUCGGGUCGUUACCUUAUUCUGACUGUCGGUGUUACCUAGGCCUGUUGACCAGAGAGGGUUGUUCAAGAUGCCUGUACCAAUCGCAGCCAAAGCCGGCGUUAUUGCUGUGUCUGUCGCCGUAGCAGCUGCCAUUGCCAUUUACGAGUCACCCGAACUUCGGCGGUAUGCCGAUGACAUACGGAGGCGUAUCGCAGUUGCACUGCAUUCCCUGGGCGAGGGUAUCGAGCCCGGCGACCGUCCGCCCAUGUUCAACCGCCCUGAGGAUGCCCAGGGGUUCCUAGAGUCCCGUGGAGGAGCCGACGCCGGCGUGGACGCCGAUGACGAAACCCGCCGCCGCCAGCGCGAGGAACUGAUGUACUGGAAUGCCGUGCAUCUGGCCAAGAAGGAGAAGGAGAUUGUCGAGGCCGGGGCGUCCGGUUCGUCGGAGCGGCCGCCACCCGGGCCUACACGGGGCAGGUCUUUCGACGACUUUAUGCGGCAGGACUACAACGGCGAGAAGGGAUCUUUUAUCUUCAAUACGGGCGCAAACGUCUAUGACGACGAGGGCCUUGUUCGUCGCCGCCCCGAAGGUGUCCGAGGUCUGAACUCCUCCCUUUAUGCCAACCCAUUUGCCGACGAGCACCAAAUCGACCAGGACGAGCUGCCGACGUUGGAAACGUCGGCCCCCGUUUCUCCUGGCCGCGACGCGGCCGCGUCAGACAUCUACAGUGUUACCACCCGUGACACCGACGAACCCCCUCGAGACAUCGCCACCGCCGUCGCCACCCCUGCCCAUAUGGCUCCACUGGUCGACCUUGCCGAGGCCCCUUCAGAGUCCGAGAAGUCUACAACUCUCGAUCGCGAGCUCGGUCCCGACGAGUACAUGACUGCCGGCCAGGAAAACCGCGAAGAGGCCUAUGCCUCCAUCCAGGCAUGGGCUCAAGGGUCCUCCACCGCAUCCAAUUUCUACUCCCCGCUGCCCAUGUCGCCUCCCGCUCCGAUGUCCGAGCCCGAGCUUGUCAGCGAAGGCGAGCUCACGCCCACCGACUCUGCCUCUCUCGUCGGCUCCGGCGAGCACGUUGCCGACGAGGCCGCUUCAUCGAGGGCUGGCGACAACAGCCGCUACUACGACGUACUGAGUGAGAGCGAGGGCAUGAUGACCCCCGCGAGUUGGUCCGAGGUUGGCAGCGUCGUCAGUGAAAACGAGACUCAAGACGUGGCUCAAGCCGGUGCCCACACAUAGCCUGUUUUCAUUCGGUCCGGUGUGCUGCUUGAUAUAUCACGGUUGAAAACCAGUCGACUCGCGGGAGGCUGGCGGCAGGCAAGGUAUGGAAACGGCGUAAAAGGUUCAACAGUACUAGGAAACAGGGUAUUCAUAGAUUUUAUCUUUUGCUUAGGCGGCUGGGUUCAUUAUUAUAAUCAAGU